AUAAAUCUGAAUAAUGAAUUAAAGAAGUAUAUUAUAAUCUAAUUAUUAAGUUGCUUUUGUUAUUUAACAGCUUGAAGAUGAGUUCUUGGAUACCUCCUGAAUUUGCAUCAAUGCCACCUCCAAAACGAAAGAAAUUAAAUAAUACUCCAAGAGCAAAUAAGUCCAUCAGUAAAAAAAAUACUACUAUAACUACAGUAAAAGAUUGUGAAAAUUGGAUAGAGAAUUUUGAUCCUGAAAUAAUAUCAGAAUUAGCAGUUCACUCAAGAAAAGUUCAGGAUGUUAAAGAUUGGAUAACGAAUGCAAUAAAUAGUCCCAAAAAAUGUCGUAUUCUCCUUCUAACCGGUCCCUCUGGAGCAGGGAAAACAGCUACUAUUAAAGUAAUAUGCAAAGAAUUGGGACUAACAUUAAAUGAAUGGAUUAGUCCAAUGGAUGUUGUACAAUUUGAACAAGAUUCCUAUAAUUAUGGUUUUAAAAGCAAUGAUAAGCAGUGUGAUAUAUUCAUAGAUUUUAUUUUAAAGGCUUCUAGAUAUAAUUCUAUUUUUGAUGAAAAUUGUAAAGGCAGAUUAGUAUUAGUUGAAGAUUUUCCUAACUAUCUUGUCAGGGAUCCUGGUUCUAUAGCGACAGUUCUUGGAAAAUUUACAGAACGUGGGAAGUCACCUUUAGUUUUUAUAUGUACCGAUACAGCAGGAAAAUCAAUAAAUAUUAGUAAAAAUUUAUUCACGGAUUCAAUUUGUCAACAAUUUCAAAUUGAUCAUAUAAGUUUUAAUCCUGUAUCAAACACUGGUAUAAAAAGUGCUUUAGUUCGUGCUUUGACCAUAAUGCCACUUCUCACAAAAUGUAAUAUAAAAUAUGUCACACCAAAUUCUGAAACUAUGGAGGCCAUUAUUCAAUCUGCAGCAGGUGAUAUUCGCAGUGCUCUAAAUAAUUUACUAUUCUCAUCAAUGAAAGAUUAUGCAGGUAAAGUUGUAGAAUUAGAACCAGUAUUUGAACAGCUACCUUGGACUUUGCAAACACCCCGGGGGUCAAAAAAGUCAAGACCGGGAAAGCAAAAAAGUACAAAGCUCAAAAAUUAUGGCAGAGAUGAAACUUUGACCUUAUUACAUGGUGUCGGUCGAGUCCUUAAUCCAAAAAGGGUUAUGUGUGAUACUAGAUAUACAUUCACUCAUCCUAUUGAAGAAACAUCAAAUAGUUUUAUGUCUAUGCAUAAAGUUUUCCUAAAUUUUCUUCAUCGCAAUUACCUCACCCAUUUUCAAUGCAUUGAAGAUAUAACACCUGCUGCUGAAUAUUUAAGUCUAGCAGAUGUUUUAUGUGUUGAUUAUUUGGAAUCAGAUACAUCAGCAUAUGCUCUGUGGAUGUCCAUAGGUGCAUUACAAGUUUUUAACUUGGAGCCUGUUAAAACUUGGGCACCUGUAAAAGCACCAGUCAAAGUAGAAUUAAAUUUUCCAAGCUGUGAUGAAUUAAAUUUGGAUAUAAAUCAUGCAGCAAGAAAAAAAGUUUUAGCUAUGGAUUAUAAGACUUACUGCAGGAUAAUAAAGUCAAAACAUGAAGAGUCAGUAAAUGAAAUUUCUGAAGAUGAAGAUGUAAUGAUUGAAGAAUUUUCUGAUUCAGAUCAAAAUUGAUAUUAAUGAAAUUAUCAUUUAUUUACCAUAAAAUUAGGUAAAUUUCAGAG